CGUUUCGGCUCGAAGCGGUAAUUUCCGCAAAGAGAAGAUAUGAUGAUCAAUCAGAUGCAUCAGAUGGGAAGUCAUGGUUGAGGGUUGACGAUGACGUCGAAGUUGGUGAACACCAUUAUCGACAUCAACACGAAGCAUACAAUCAGGUUGCGAUGACUUUUAGCAUGCGUGAACAAGCAACAUAACAACCACCGGUUACCGCAUCAAGCGUGUUCGAAGGAAGUGCAACGUCAAAGUCUUAAGACCCAGGGAGAUCUGAUCUCGAUCAUAUAAUCCAGAAAACAAUCUACCUCACGCGGUUUCGGGUCCACUUAUUGUGAAAACGACAACACGUCAACAACCCCCGGAUGUUCAGCUUCAAACGAAACCCAACCCCUUCCUCUUCCCCCUCCAAACGUCCAACUCUCUUACCGCCUCGCCCAUCUUUCGCCCACUCUGAAUCCAGGGCAGGGUCUCCUACCGGGUCUCAUCGGGAUUCUUUCUCGAGCUCGGGAGCUAGAUCUCCUUUGGCCUCUCCGGCUCUCUCGCUAUCCAACCGAGAUCGAGAUGGAUACUUCAAUCUUCCUCUUCCUCCGACAUUUCCUGGAGAACCUGUAAGAGAAUGGUCGGAGGAAGAACAACAAGCUCUUCGGCUCAGCGUCGUCGAGGAUAUCAAACGGGCGGACGAUAUCCUUCGGCUACUCAAGGUGCAGAAAGAACUGUCUUCCCAGCUAGCUGGGGUCCAGAAGGAAUUAGGCGGGGCCUUGAGGAAGUUGGGAGGUGGAGAAGGGUUGCCGGCUGCCGUCCCCCUCGCCUUGACACCCUGCUCGACGACAUCAUCUGAACUAUCCGCCGUCUUGCAAAAAUCUAUGAAGACCAGUUCCAAAGAGCUAGAUCGUAUGGAGACUGUGCUUUAUAAACAUAGCAAGGCUGUCAAGAGAGAAUAUAACGCUCUAGACGAGGUCAUCCUCAUCAAUGACAAGCGUAUGGCAGCUGCCGAGAAACCUCUGCAAAACGACUCGUCCUCUUCUUCCCGCUCUGGACAGGCAAAGGGAGGGAUCGGGAUGGCUCAUGAGAGGUAUCUGAGGGUGAUCAGCGGGUUAUGCGACGAUUCUGCUCAGAAGAAACGAUCCACUGCGGAAUCGAUCGCUUCUCAACAUGUACUCGCGAUCUCCCGCCUUUCCGCCUCCAUCUGUCAGUCGUACCAAAACCUUUUUGAUGCCACCGCCGAGAGCAUGAGGGUGGGAGCGAGCAAGGUUGGAGAGAUUCGAUAUGCGGGGAUCCUGGUCGGAGAGAAUUGGAAUGACGAUGUUCCCGGUCAAGGAGGUCAGGAGGAGGUAGAAGCGGGAGAAGAGACGGUUAGGUGGAGACGUUCUGAAGGUCAGAAUGGAGCUGGACAGGGUGGGCUAGUGGGACAAAAAGGAGAUGGCCAGAGGAAUGUCUCUGAUCGACCUAGACCUCAGGGUAAACGGUCUAUGCCAGUCCCGCCUUCUUAUACAAACCCCAGCCGAACGACGAGUUACCCGUCGACGAUUGCCACCACCUCGCAAUUAUCGUCAACCACCUCAGCCUCGCUUUCCCCGCUUACUCCGACCGAUCAAGAUAGGUCGCCCGUCGAUUUUGCCGCUAGGUCACAUUCGAUCCUCUCUCCCACAACGCAGACAUCAUUUGGGGUACUUCGUCAAACAGGACCGGGGCAAGGGCCUUCGAGAGACGAGCCGGUUCGGGACGAAAGAAAGGGGCAUCGACCGACUUCGAGCGUUUCUGAUCGGAUGAAGCAGUUCGAGAAUGGGACGAUCGGGUCGCAUGCCAGUCAGGCGUCCAGCGCAUCGUCGAACCGUUCUGGAAUGUCUAGACCUCCUAAUACCCGGCCGUACAGCUUACCAGCAGUCGCCCCUCUACGCUUGCCCGCACGGGAACCACCGCCGCCAACAACGGAUUAUCGGUCCAAGGAACGAGAAGUUCCGAGAGAUUACUCGCGAUUGCCCGUGCCGGCUGCGGCAUCGCCGACGGUCUCUUCUGGUAAGAUGUCCUCUGACGGAGGUGGUGAGAAGGUCAGAAGGUUGAGCGGGUUGUUCGAGCGCAAGAAUGACGCCAGCGGCAGCAACGGCAUUCAUGUGCAACGCGUCUCGCCGAGUCCGCAUUCGAGGCACGGAACCGGCUGCAUGUGUCCAAACUGUCACGUCGUCAAUACUGCCAAAGCCUCGACGAUCCGUCCCGUAAUGCCGCAUUCUCCGUCGUUGAGACCAGGACUGCCAGCCUCUCGCCAGUCUACCAGCUCGAUCCACUCCUUUUCCGACGUAGAAGUGAGACAACCGAGUCCGAAACGCCUCAGUCAGAAGAUCGACCGGGAGCUUGCAGCUUUGAUGAGUGUCGAGGCGGCUCGAGGAGGCUGACGGAUUGGUGAUUGAUAGUCGCUUCGCUUCGAUUUUGUUUUGUUUGGAUAGGUUCCAGGAGGAUGCCCAAGUUGUAUCGUUGAUCUAUGCUUAUAAUAUGCAUGCGUCAGUUUGGCUUGAGCAUUGUUUUCCGGCUCUUUUAAAGUUGUUCCGCCAAUCUCGCAAGAUUGGAAGACCACGGCACUGCGACCGGCCGAAUGCUGUCCUGAU